AUGCCAUUUCUCAAGCACGCCGCCGUAAUCGGAACCGUAGCUCUCCCAUGGCUAGGGGCGGCUAUCCCAGCAGGACCAGAGUCACCACCGGCACCGGCUCGAGCACGAGCAGUCGAAUGCGCGCCAGUUCCGUCGGCAGGUAGUUAUCCUACGUGGGAGAAGCUCCCAACCCAGACGACCCUCCCAGACCCCUGGCUGCCGCUAGCGUACACGACGACCGACAGCGAGGGCGGCAGCUCGCCGUCUUUCGCAUCAGACGUGAUGGCCGGCAAGGGCAAGAACCGGAUCCAGACGCCCGAGGAGUGGUACCAGUGCCGGCAGCCUGAGAUAUUGCAGAUGCUGCAAGAGUACCAAUACGGCUACUACCCAGACCACUCGCAAGAAACCGUCAAAGCAACGCGGAGCGGCAACACAGUGAACAUCGAGGUGACAGCGGGUGGCAAGACGGGGAAAUUCAGCGCGACGCUAGCGCUCCCGUCCACCACCAGUCCCGCACCUGUGGUUAUCAACAUCGGCGGCAUGACGAACCAGCCGUACCUGCAAGCGGGGAUCGCCGUCGUGGGCUUCGACUACACGCGCGUCGCGCCCGACAGCAAUGCGAAGACGGGGGCGUUUUGGGAUAUCUACAAUGGGCGUGAUAUCGGCGCCCUCACAGCCUGGGCCUGGGGCUUCCACCGCGUCCUCGACGCGCUCAACGCCUCGGUGCCCGAGAUCGACCCCACCCGCGUCGGCGUGACGGGGUGCUCGCGGCUCGGCAAAGCCGCGCUCGCCGCCGGCCUGCUCGACGCCCGCAUAACCCUCACCAUGCCCAUGAGCAGCGGCGUGCAAGGGCUCGGCCCCUACCGCUACCACGGCCUGAGCGGGCAGGACGAGACGCUGGAGAACAGCAAGAGCGGCGCGGGGUGGUGGACCGACGCGACGCUGGGCACGUUCGUGGGCCACGCCGAGAGCCUGCCGUACGACGCGCACACGAUCGCCGCGGCGAUCGCGCCGAGGGCGCUGGUGGUGGACCAGGGGACCGGGGACCAGUUCACCAACUCGAAGGGCACGGCGGUCAUUGUGUAUCCGGCGGCCAAGCAGGUGUACGACUGGCUGGGCGUCGGGGAUCAGAUUGCCAUGUCGGUUCGUGGGGGCGGCCAUUGCGAUAUGAGUGGGUUUGUCCUUCCCUUCGUAACCAAGAUCCUCCAGAACCAGACCAUCACCAAGGACUACAACGACCUAGGGAGCUACGGCGGUCCCAUGACGACGGCCUAUCCCUGGGCCACUGCUGUGCCUAAACUAGCAUAG